UCUGCAGUUAAUAUUUUGACACCAAUAUGGGAAAGCAAAACAGUAAACUACGCCCUGAAGUCAUGCAAGAUCUGCUAGAAAGUACAGACUUUACAGAACAUGAAAUCCAGGAGUGGUACAAAGGCUUCUUGAGAGACUGUCCAAGCGGACAUUUAUCUAUGGAGGAGUUUAAAAAAAUAUAUGGGAACUUUUUCCCUUAUGGGGACGCUUCUAAGUUUGCGGAACAUGUAUUCCGCACUUUUGACGCCAACGGAGAUGGAACAAUAGAUUUCAGAGAAUUCAUCAUAGCCUUGAGCGUAACGUCGAGAGGUAAACUGGAGCAAAAGCUGAAGUGGGCAUUCAGCAUGUACGACCUUGAUGGGAACGGCUACAUCAGUAAGUCAGAGAUGCUGGAAAUCGUGCAGGCAAUCUAUAAGAUGGUUUCUUCUGUAAUGAAGAUGCCGGAAGACGAGUCGACACCAGAGAAGAGGACAGAGAAGAUCUUCCGCCAGAUGGACACCAACCGUGAUGGAAAGCUCUCUCUGGAAGAGUUCAUCCGAGGCGCCAAGAGCGACCCAUCCAUAGUCCGUCUCCUGCAGUGUGAUCCUAGCAGUGCCGGGCAGUUCUGAACCCGUUCUUUGGAUGAAUUAUGUAUCGGCUUUUUUUUUUUUUUCCUUGCCAAACAACAUUCAUGGUAGUGUUGCCUCUGUAUGGCCAAUUAUGCCUUCAUUUGUGGCACCUUGUAGCUUCUUUUGUUGUGGAUUAAUUAUAAGAAUGCUGAAUUGCUCUUAACAAUUUGUCCAGAGCACGGGCAGUACUGUUUUAAACAGAUAUUGUGGUGUUAUCAUUAUUUUAAAGACUUCAUUUUGUUUUUUUGUUUUAACCUGUCUGUUUUGGAAAGUAGGUGUUGAGAAGGAGGAAACCAACAACAAAACCCUUGGCAGCAAGACACACUGACAGAUUGCAGAUUGCUGCUUUAGUAGCUGAGCAUUCACCCACAGGACCUGAAAGUGUAAUAGAGGUUGAACCAAAGGGCUUGUGAUGGGUGGGGUGGGAUUCACCUGGAACCUCCUCUCCUG